GGUAGCAUCGUCUUGAGCACAGCUGCUGAAGAACUCACGAUAUCGUCUGAUGUUGGGCAUUGCUGCCUGCGACCUGGGCCCCUUCCAACCCCCCUGGGCACAGGGUCAGGCAAAGAGCAAAUUAGCGACAAGCCACCACCGCACAAUAACGAUCAAGUGAUAGUCCCGCCCUGUUGAUGUCGAUUAAGGUCUUCAGGGUUCAAUGCAAGGGUCCAAUGGUGUUUCGGCAGUCGAGGUACAACGCUAUCGAAAGUUUAACCUACGGGGGCUGGCCGGCCCAUUUCCGUGUAUCGAUCCAACCAAAAGCCGAAGCUUAUAUGGCCCGGAGAAGACGGCUCGUGUCACACACGGCAGCUUGUGCUAUGUACCUCUAUCAGCGAGCGAGCGAUCGACUUCGGGAUAUUACUCGCUGCAAAGGAUUCUCCUGCUUUUGGUGUCUCUCGGAGACGAGCGAAGAGAGACGUUCCUGCGACUGUGCAUUUCGGGCAUGUCUUGCGAUGUACACGCCAACAGCCCCCCCUUCCCCCGAAUCCACUUCUUGACCGGUCUGUCGUCUCGUCCAGUGGCGGGCAGAGAAAAUGCACCAUUCAUGCAUCUUGGGCCCGGGGGAAGGGAGUUUUCACCGGCGGCGCUUGCCAGCCUAUUCGCAAGAUGUGCGGAUCCGAGCGCCGCAUCAGAUUUGGGAGGGGCGAAGACCCUUAGGCCUCAAGAGCGAACAGCAGCCAGCAGUGGGUGCAGGGGCUAACCAUGGCCGCGAGAUGAAAAGAGCACGAUGAAUGGG